GAUGGUCAUUGCUCGGCUCGCGUAUAUAUAUUACAAUUUGAAGCUAGAAAAAUUUGUUCAUAAUAGUUUUCAAUUAGUUCUCACAGAGGCGAUACACGGUCCGCUAUAGAGCAAUAAAUCUUAAAUCCGCGGGAAGUUUUCAUUACCUUGUUAGAACGUGCAAAGGUUAAGCCUAAGAUUAGUGUUGCUUUGCAAGAUGCAAUUUAGCUGCUUUCGCGCGCUGACCUGUUAGCGUGGGUCGUCCUUGUACCUCUUUCUAUUCUGAUGGAUCUUAAUUGCGUUUUCGAAAAUAUUAUCAACUCUUGUCAGCUCUCCUAGUAAGUAAGUUUGUCCUCCCAGCGUUUCGUUGAUAAGUGUGUCAGUAACAUGUGCACCAUGUUUUUGUUCUCAGCUUCCCAGACUACAAUAGAUAAGUUGUAAAUCUGAUAUCACCCUCCAUGUUUGAAUGUUACAAAUAGAGCGAUGACGCGCGCGAAUCUCCAUAGUGUGACUCUUGCAUUGUCCAAGUCGCCUCUAUAUUGGAAAAUUCACUUGUGGGGUUUUCAUCAGUGAUGAAAUUGCCGUAAGAGACGGUAUCCCCCCACGGUGAGUAGACGUUUUCCUUGCGACCCCGACUAAAAAGAACUCACUCAAAGAUUACCGUGGAGAUUUCAAUCACUUUGUUUAGCAUUUCGCACUCUCGAAUCCCUUUGUUCGCGAAUCAUACAUAAUCUAAUUAAUCAAAAAUCCAUUAUACGGUUUGAAAAGACCAAAAAAUUCCAUUAGUGAAUGAAUUUGUAAAUUCGUGCGCACUGAACAACAUGCUAAAUAUUUUUCCAUCCCCAACCCCAUCUCAAAACGAAAACAGCGGCCGUAUUCUGCAAUGACCGUAACAAAUUCGACUCGUUUGCUGUAAUCCUUUGCUCCGCAAAAAGCCCUUAAUUUACAAAAGCGUCACUGCUUGGCGAGAACACCAGAGUAUUAAAGGUGUUCCAGUGGCGGAAACUAAUGUGACAGUCAAAAGCAUUAGUGUAUUUUAAUGUGAUGACGCGCGCAUUACGUAGGGCAAGUAUUUAAUUCAUUUCCUCUUCAAAGGCUAUUACUAUAGUAAGUGUGUUUCAUUUUGUUUGGCGUCGAAAGUAACCCUGCAAGACCUCGCGGAUCCGUCGUUACACAUUAUACUAGCUCUAGAAUCGUGAAAAUUUCACUGAUCAAAAUGCGAAGGCUACAAGUCUUCUACAAGAUGGACUCGGAGAGAAACCGUUGGCCUUCAGUAUUACACUUUGUAUGCACUGGAUUCGUUUUGCUCCUUGUGUUGUUGGUUAUUAUCUUUGUACACAUUUUUGGCCCAUCCGGCGAGUUAAUAGAACCUGCCGAAGCCAAUAACAUAACAAUCAAACUUGGCUUCAUCGGCGCCUUAGACAAGUCUCUAGGAGCCACAGCAUCCCUAGGACAAGAAUUGAGUUCGGCGUUCAAACUCGCCGUAGAGCUCAUCAAUGAAGAUGCUGCCAAGGCUGGCAGUCAAAUCAAGUUCUCCAUGGAUUUCAAAAGCAUGAUCAAAGAUGGCGGUACAAACCCUUCCACCAGCUGUAAAAUCGCAGCUCAGCAGCUCGCAGCUGACUCGGAUAUUGUUGGAGUAGUGGGAGCGAUGCGUUCUUCUUGUUCCAAAGCAUCUCAUCAAUACUUUAGAGACAAUGUGCCUUUCAUGACCCAGAUAUCAUAUGCGUCAACUGCGGCAGAGCUGUCCAACAAGAAGAAGUAUCCUCGGUUCUUCAGGACGUGCGCUAGUGAUGUGAAUCAAGCUGAAGCCUUGGCCGAGUUGGUGACAUAUUUCAACUGGAGAAGAGUCAGCACUAUAGCUACUUCUGACGGCUACGCUAAAAACCUUGCCGACAGUUUUGAAACAGCAGCACGGUUUCAAGGAAUUCGAAUUCACGCUUCUUCGCGAUUGUCAAGCAUGGCAAGCCCUGAGGUGGUCGACAACAAAGUGCAGUUGAUAAAAGACGCUCAAACAAGAGUGAACCUUGUUUUUGGUUUGCCCCAAGAUGCUCGGGCUAUCUUCAAAACGGCAAAAGCAAAGGGUAUGACUGGUGAGGGAUGGGUGUGGCUGGGAAGUGAUGGGGUUAUGGCCACUCCGCCCACCAAUGAGAGCAAAGCCACGGGAGCCAUGCAAGGAACUGUGGGAACCAUGCCCAAAGGAGGCUUUGGUCGAAGGAAUCUCAAUAUUAUAGUAAAGUGGCUGUCCAAGAAAGGCAUUAUGGACCAAUAUCCAGGAAUUAUUUAUGAUCACUUACCGUCAACCUCUGCUUAUGUCCCACAAGUCUACGAUGCUGUGUAUGCUUAUUAUUUGGCUUUUGACAGAUUGGCAAGACAGGGCAGAAUAUUAUCGAGUGACUCUCCUUCCAAAUUAAGAAAAUUGGUUUUUGACGAGUUGAAGAAAUUCAGUGACAAAAAUGCUGGAUUUGUAGGGGCCCAAGGUCCCACCUAUUUUGAGUCUCCAGGAUAUGACGUCGGAAAUCUCCAGGGAAAAUUUUGGAAAAAAGUCGGCAAGUGGAACAAGACCAUUGGCAUCGAACGAGGGAGUAUUGACAUCAUUUGGCCGGGCAACACAAAGAUACCCCCCACGGACAAGGGACUCCCUGGUAAAACAACCUUUAGAAUCGGUUUCAUCGCUCCGAUGCACCCGGACUUGGCAGGUCUCUCUGAGCUCGGCAAGGAAUUUGAAUCCGCGUUUCGCGUUGCUGUGGAAAUGAUGAACAAAGAUCUGACGUUAGCGGUGGAUUUCGACAUCAGAAUUCAAGACGGCGGUGUCGACUCCAAUGCGUCGUGUAAACUGGCCGCCGAGGAGCUAGCGAAAGAUGAUGUGGUUGCGGUUAUUGGAGCUUAUCGGUCAUCCUGUUCCCAGGCCGCUGCUGGUGUUUUAGGUUCCGCUAAAAACAGAAUUCCACAAAUCUCCUACGGCUCAACAUCUGCCAUCCUCUCGGACAAAGCGAAGUACAAAUAUUUUUUCAGAACAUGUCCUUCAGAUGUGCACCAAGCUGCUGUACUCGCUGCACUCUUCCGGAUGUACCUGCUCCCGGAAGUUGGCACGGUGGCUACAAAUGAUAUUUAUGGCAAAGAACUUGCUGACAUGUUUGAGAAGGAAGUCACCGGUAUGGCUGAUGUGCCAGUCAGUGUGGUCAGCAGACAACGCUUUGACGUAAAUGCGCGAGCAGCGACCGUCAGACCAAAGAUACAAAAGUUGAAAUCAUCUGGCUGUAAAGUCCACUUGAUCAGCAUGGUCCGCCAAGACGCAGAGACAGUCUUCCAACAAAUCAAGGAACUAGGCAUGACGGGAAAAGGUUGGGUGUGGAUUGGGACCGACGGUGCUACCUCGUCCACGUUCAAUCAGCAGAGGGACCUGGAACGCACUAUGGAAGGUAUGAUAGGAACACAGCCUAAGAACGGAGAGGGCAGUAUUUAUUUGAAGUUCCUGGCGGCUUGGUUAAAGAAGGACUCCACAACCUACCCUGGGAUUGUACAUAGCAAGCCGACUCCUACCUCGGCGGCAUUCACCGCUCAACUGUUUGACGCAGUGCAUGGCGUCGCCUUGGCUUUGUCAGACCUAGUCAAUAAAAAGGUUAUCAGCCGAACAUCAGAUGUACAAACCGUGCGAGACAAUCUUUACCAGAAACUUAGGACAUUCGAUGACCCCAGCACAGGCUUUCCGAGCGCGACUGGUACCGGCAACGUUAUGUUCUUCAAUCAAAAUCAAGAUCCUCCUCCCCUUUACGAUGUUGUUAACCUGAAGGGUAACAACUGGAUCACAUUCGGUCAGUACGACUCUAAGAGCAAGGAAAUCACUCUAAGAAGAGACCCUGUGUUCUCCGGCGGCGGGACUAUGAUUCUAGGCAAAGGUCGACGAACAUACAAGAUCGCGGCUUUCUUUCCCACUCAUGAAGAUCUGGGGUCGCUACGAGACCUGGGACUAGAGUGGCAGGCAGCGUUCAGGAUUGCUGUGGAUCUUGUCAAUACGGGACCUUUUAAGGUGGCCUUUAGUUACGUUCUUGUUGAUGGAGGCGAAGAUUCGAAAUCCUGCCGGCGUGAAGCUCAGAACCUUCCACACGACAUAGACCUCAUCAUCGGAGAAGCUAGAUCGGAGUGCUCUAUCGCCAUCGCUGCGGCCACCAAAGACAGGAAAAUCCCUCAAAUGUCGUACGCUUCAACGUCUGCGCAGUUGUCCGACAAGCAAACCUAUCCGAACUUCUUUCGCACAUGCGCCUCUGAUGUGUACCAGGGCAAAGCGCUCGCUAAGCUAGUUCAGAGAUACAAGUGGACACAGGUGUCAACCAUCACCACGAUUGACCCGUACAGUGAGGAACUUGCACGUAAGUUUGCCGUGGAAGUGAGGCAGUUAGGAGUCGACAUUACUACUGAGCAGCGGUUUGAAGCGCACACCAAAGCGAGUAUAAAGGAACAUCUUAAAGAGAUGAAGGAAGCUGGGUCAGCAAUAAACCUGGUCAGCACCUCGACCGAUGACGCGGAGAAAGUCUUUCAGGAAGCAAUAGAACAGGGCAUGACCGGUAAAGGAUGGACGUGGAUUGGAACCGACGGUGCCACGACUUCAACAUAUGUUGACUCUCCCAAUCUACAACUUGCCAUGCAGGGCAUGGUAGGCACCAGGCCCAAACACGGUGAAGGAGCUCUGUACCAAAAACUGCUUAAGACCUGGAAAGAGAAAGAUGCAGACUUGUACCCAGGUCUCAUUCACUCUCCGCGGGUGCUGCAGGCUUCAGCUUAUGUGGCACAGGUCUAUGAUGCAGUUCUUGCUUAUGCGCAUGCUCUAACAAGACUACAUGAAGCAGGAACUAUAGACAAGUACACUUCCCGUUCAGACGUACAGAAGGAACUCGUGGCAGAAUUGCGUAAAAUGAAAGAUACGAGCACGGGAUUUGAGAGCUCAACCGGCGGCAAACAGUUCUUUGAUUCCAGUCAGGAUGCUCCUGCCAUUUACGAUGUGGUGAAUUUAAGCGGAGAUCUGUGGACGAAAGUUGGUUCGUACGAUCCCUCCCCGGAUCAAGGACUCAGUAUAAAGAAAAAGAUCGUGUGGCCCGGGGGGAGCCUCAAUACUCCGCUUGAUCAUCACCAACCUAGUGUCAAGGAAUCUACUUCAACAGAGCCAUCGAAAACAGCGAGUGUUAGUCGAGAUGGCAUUAUAGCUCUAGGAGUGGUGUUCGGCACCUUUGCCGUUGCCAUGGGAGCAUUUGUAGGCUACUUAAUAUACAGAGAGAAAAAAGGAAAACCGUCUUUUGGGCCACAGAUGUUAAGACAAACACAUCAAUCGCCAGUAAGCGAGAUAGCUGCUGUGAUGAAUAACGGAAACAUACAAGUUAUAAGACCGGCAAAAGAGCCUUUACCUGCAUGAAAAGUACAGAAUCCUUCAGAGCUUUUAGUGACAAGAGACGAGGAAGGAUCAGAUCUGGACAAGUUUCUUGGAAGAGUAGAAUAUUUAUUGAAACUUUGUUUCACAAAAAUGCCGUGAACUGCUUCCUGCGAUAGACGUUUUAAUACGGAAAGCGUAUUCACGAAAGAUAAGAGAAUUGUUGUAUAGGAAUAAAUAAGUAAAUCAGUUGCUUGUAAAUAUUUAUAUGUUGAAGCUAAGUUGCUCUUUUUCCCCUUAUAAGUUUCUAUUAUCGCUUUAGUCUCGACAGAGUGAGCAAAGAUAACUCGCUAGCUGAAAUCCUUUCUGGAUUAUUGUUUCGUAUAAAAUCAACAUUAAUCUAAGGAGAACUAAAGCACCUUCGUCUAGAAUAAAAAAUUCAAAUUUAAUAGUGGAGCGGUUUCCUGUUUACUAUUACAAGACUAAAUUCUAUCUGGCGCGCUUCUGCCACUAAACUAAUGGAAGUCAUUACAGAUCAAAGUCCACACCUGUAAUAUGCUGGCAAGUGCAGGUAGAACUUUGAUUGGUUUCAGUUUUGUGCCCAGUACUUAGAGAGCUAUCACUGAUUUGAUUUCGGGCUAAAGAACGUUGAAGUCUUUUUUAACCUACUUUUAAAAAAGGUUUUCACACUGACUUCGACAACUGUUUGAUAAGAAUUAUGUGUAAACUGUAAACUGUAGUGCUGUUUGACAUCCGAUAAGUGUAACCGCUCUACUUAUUUACAUUUGUGGUGAAGGCUUGGUCAUUACAUUCGUACGUUGAGCUCAUAGUACAAAACAUUUUGAAAUUUCAAGCCAUGUUCUUCUUAUGUAACCUUCACUGUUUAUGUAAAUGAUUGCUUCCAUGAAGCGAUUUCGUUGCAUUUAGUCCAGUUUCCAAUAAAUUGCCCUUGCAUAA